ACUGCUCCUACAACAACUACUGCUGAUACUAUGUCAACUCCUGCUCCUACAACAACUACUGCUGAUACAACAACUACUGCUCCUACAACAACUACUGCUCCUACAACAACUACUGCUACUACAACAACUACUGCUCCUACAACAACUCCUGCUCCUACAACAACUACUGCUCCUACAACAACUACUGCUGAUACUAUGUCAACUACUGCUCCUACAACAACUACUGCUGAUACUACGACAACUACUGCUCCUACAACAACUACUGCUCCUACAACAACUACUGCUCCUACAACAACUACUGCUGAUACUACGUCAACUACUGCUCCUACAACAACUACUGCUCCUACAACAACUACUACGUCAACUACUGCUCCUACAACAACUACUGCUCCUACAACAACUACUGCUGAUACUACAACAACUACUGCUCCUACAACAACUACUGCUGAUACUAUGUCAACUACUGCUCCUACAACAACUACUGCUCCUACAACAACUACUGCUGAUACUACGUCAACUACUGCUCCUACAACAACUACUGCUCCUACAACAACUACUGCUCCUACAACAACUACUGCUCCUACAACAACUACUGCUCCUACAACAACUACUGCUCCUACAACAACUACUGCUCCUACAACAACUACUGCUCCUACAACAACUACUGCUGAUACUACGUCAACUACUGCUCCUACAACAACUACUGCUCCUACAACAACUACUGCUGAUACUACGACAACUACUGCUCCUACAACAACUACUGCUGAUACUACAACAACUACUGCUCCUACAACAACUACUGCUCCUACAACA